GACGGAGGCUUAAUCAGAAAUCUUUUCUCCAAACUUUCGGCUGGUCAUCGGUAACGGACAUUAGCAAACGAGAAUGAUGAACAUGAAGCUGAUCUUCGGUCUCGUUGUCCUCGUGGCACUUGCCGUUUCUGCGCCGUUGGAUACAGACAAGGAUACGGACAUGGACUUAGAAAACCAUUUGAACAACCUUUUGAACGAAGCUGCCGGAGCUGAUGCAGCUGCCGAUGCUGCCGUCGAGGAGGCUGCCCCUGCAGCACCAAAAGCAAGCAAGAGCAAGAAAUCAAGCGGUGGUGGCGGCGGCGGCGGCGGCGGCGGUGGCGGCAAUAAUGGAGGAGAUGCUGACGAUAGCUCUUCCAGCAGUGGAAGCGAUUCAGGUAGCUCUAGCAGUAGUGGAUCUGGUGAAGAAGGUGAUGACAGCAGUUCCGAUUCCAGCUCUGAUUCUGGAUCAUCCAGUUCUGGAUCCGAUUCCGGCUCCGACUCUGGAUCCGACUCUGGCUCCGACUCUGGAUCCGAUUCUAGCUCUUCUAGCUCUUCCAGCAGCAGUGAUGGCUCUGAUGAUGGUUCCGAUGAAGGUUCAGAUUCAGGUGAUGAUGCUGACUCCGAUGAUGAUGAUGAUGACGAUUCUAAUGAUUCCGAUGAUUCUGAUAACUCUGGUUCCAACGGCGAGUCUGACUCCGAUAACUCCUCAUCUGAUGACGGUGAUGGUUCCGACUCCGGUUCCGAUUCCGGCCGAGACAGCCAAUCUGAUGAUGAUUCUGAUAAUGAUUCUGAUGACUCCGAUGACUCUGAUGAUUCAUCCAAUGAUGUAAAUGAAUCCAACUCUGAUGAAUCUGAUGCUGGAGCUGGUGGAAAUGGUGGUGAUGGUGAUGGCGACAGCUCUUCCAGCAGUAGUUCCGACUCUGGAUCCGACUCCGGAUCUGACUCAGGUUCCGAUUCUGGAUCCGAUUCUGGCUCCGACUCUGGAUCCGACUCUAGCUCCUCCAGCAGCAGUGAUGGCUCUGAUGAUGGUUCUGAUGAAGGUUCAGAUUCAGGUGAUGAUGCUGAUUCCGAUGAUGAUGAUGAUGACGAUUCUAAUGAUUCCGAUGAUUCUGAUAACUCUGGUUCCAACGGCGAGUCUGACUCUGAUAACUCCUCAUCUGAUGACGGUGAUGGUUCCGACUCCGGUUCCGAUUCCGGCCGAGACAGCCAAUCUGAUGAUGAUUCUGAUAACGAUUCCGAUGACUCAGAUGACUCUGAUGAUUCCGAAGGUGAUCCUGAUGAAUCCGAUUCUGAUGAAUCCGGUGCUGCUGGUGGUAAUGGAGGUGAUGCUGAUGGAUCCAGCUCAAGCUCUUCCAGCAGUGGAAGUGACUCCGGCUCUGACUCAGGUUCCGACUCUGGAUCCGAUUCCGGCUCCGACUCUGGAUCCGACUCUGGCUCCGACUCUGGAUCCGAUUCUAGCUCUUCCAGCAGCAGUGAUGGCUCUGAUGAUGGUUCCGAUGAAGGUUCUGAUUCAGGUGAUGAUGCUGAUUCCGAUGAUGAUGAUGAUGACGAUUCUAAUGAUUCCGAUGAUUCUGAUAACUCUGGUUCCAACGGCGAGUCCGACUCUGAUAACUCCUCAUCUGAUGACGGUGAUGGUUCCGACUCCGGUUCCGAUUCCGGCCGAGACAGCCAAUCUGAUGAUGAUUCUGAUAACGAUUCCGAUGACUCAGAUGACUCUGAUGAUUCCGAAGGUGAUCCUGAUGAAUCCGAUUCUGAUGAAUCUGGUGCUGCUGGUGGUAAUGGAGGUGAUGCUGAUGGAUCCAGCUCAAGCUCUUCCAGCAGUGGAAGUGACUCCGGCUCUGACUCAGGUUCCGAUUCUGGCUCCGAUUCUGGCUCCGACUCUGGAUCCGACUCUGGAUCCGAUUCUAGCUCUUCCAGCAGCAGUGAUGGCUCUGAUGAUGGUUCCGAUGAAGGUUCUGAUUCAGGUGAUGAUGCUGAUUCCGCUGAUGAUGAUGAUGACGAUUCUAAUGAUUCCGAUGAUUCUGAUAACUCUGGUUCCAACGGCGAGUCUGACUCUGAUAACUCCUCAUCUGAUGACGGUGAUGGUUCCGACUCCGGUUCCGAUUCCGGCCGAGACAGCCAAUCUGAUGAUGAUUCUGAUAACGAUUCCGAUGACUCAGAUGACUCUGAUGAUUCCGAAGGUGAUCCUGAUGAAUCCGAUUCUGAUGAAUCUGGUGCUGCUGGUGGUAAUGGAGGUGAUGGAUCCAGCUCAAGCUCAAGCUCAAGCUCCUCUGGCUCUGACUCCGAUGCCGAUAGUUCCAACUCAGGAUCUUCUUCUGGUUCUGAUGAAGAGGAUGAUUCCGGCUCUAGUUCUAGUUCUGAUGGAUCCUCUGAUGGUGACGCCGAUGGUUCCUCCUCUUCAGACUCCUCUUCAGAAGAAGACGCAUAAAUUAGAUAUAUCAGAAUUAGACAUUGAUUUAGAUUUGAAUACAUGAAAUAAUAUAAACGGUGUGUUCGCGUGAUGUGUGAGGAAAGACAAUCAAUACUAUGGCAAAACUAACGCACUUUAGGGAUUUCAUAAAUGUCCUAAGUAUCUUCCUUAACUUGCCGCGAUGUAAUUUACUUGUAAUGAUAUGAUUUGUACUAUUGUUAAUAUAAUUUUUUAAAACAGAAUUUGGACAUCAUUAUUCACAAUGCUAUCUUAUGGUGUCAGAGGUCAUUCUAAAUCACCUGCAACAGUGCCAGUGAUCAUGGGCUAUCCACUCCGCGUCUUGGUGUUGUCAGCAAUCUACACAGACAGCUCAUCAGUAUACGUUUUCUUGUUUUAUUUGAUUAAAACGUAUGUUAACGUAUGUUUCGUUUCUGUCAAGUUGUGAAAAGAGCAAUAUUUUUCCAACGUAUCUAAACAUGCACAUCUUGCUACCAACGGCACAACAGGUAGUUUUUUUUUCUAUGAAAACGCAUUUGCCAACCAACUAGGCUAUCCAUUUUGAUACGACAUAUGAAUGUUAGCUUUUCGUCAGGGAACUGUAUCGAUGCAAGAAUCACGUAGUUAUCAUACUAUAGUGAUAUGACUGAAUGAUGUAGUGUUUCACUAUUAAAGGCACAUGGAUGUGUGGGUAUUAAUUAGUGUUUCACCAUUAAAGGCACAUGGGUGUGUGGGUAUAUAAAGGUCACAGGCGAUGCAAAAUAAUGGAAGAUAUUCGUAGCAUUCUAAUAUAGUACAUACGUUAAAUUAUUAAACCAAUUGAUCUAUCUCGUUAAUUUACCCAUCAUUCUCAGAUAGAUAAUGUUUCUGUUGUUGAAUAAAACAUAUGUCACUGACAAACA